ACCACAUUUGACACCGGAAGAGGAAGUCAGUAGUUGCUUGUUGUGAGCUCGUGUUAGCACGGCUUUUGUUACGUUUGAGAAACGCAAUUUUCUGCCAUAACUCAAAAAGGGUUUGCGUUUAAAAUCGAAACCCUGUACCGAUGCUAAGUACGUCCCAGUAAAGAGGCAGAGUGAAUUGAACUCUGUGAGCCGGCGGCCUGGUUUACACGCAGCGGUGGAAGCUGAAGGAAGAGUCGCACCACCAUGGCGGAUGUUACUGCGCGUAGCCUGCAGUAUGAGUACAAAGCGAACUCGAACUUGGUGUUGCAAGCUGACCGCUCUCUGAUCGACCGGACUCGGAGAGAUGAGCCCACCGGAGAGGUGCUGUCCCUGGUGGGGAAGCUGGAGGGGACCAAGAUGGGCGACAAGGCUCAGAGGACAAAACCCCAGAAGCUCGAGGAGAGACGAGACAAGAGACGAAAAAGAGACGAGGACAGACACGACAUCAACAAAAUGAAGGGCUUUACUCUUCUGUCUGAGGGCAUCGAUGAAAUGGUGGGGAUCGUGUACAAGCCGAAAACCAAAGAAACCAGAGAAACGUAUGAAGUGUUGCUCAGCUUCAUCCACGCUGCUUUAGGAGAUCAGCCCCGUGAUAUUCUGUGUGGAGCAGCUGAUGAGGUGUUAGCCGUGCUGAAGAAUGACAAAAUAAGAGACAAAGAGAGACGACGGGAAGUCGAGCAGCUCCUCGGACCUUCUGAUGACACGCGCUAUCACGUGCUGGUCAAUCUGGGGAAGAAGAUCACAGAUUACGGAGGAGACAAGGAUUUACAGAACAUGGAUGACAACAUUGAUGAAACGUACGGUGUCAACGUGCAGUUUGAAUCUGAUGAAGAGGAAGGUGAUGAGGACCAGUUUGGAGAAGUUCGAGACGAGCACUCGGAUGAAGACAGUGAAGGAGAGGAAGCGUGUGUGACCACCACACUCACAGCUAAUCUCGGAGAAACCGGCGAUGUGAUGACCGUGAAGAAAAAAGAUUUGCAUCCCCGAGACAUCGAUGCCUUUUGGCUCCAGCGUCAGCUCAGCCGGUUCUAUGACGACGCCAUUGUCUCUCAAAAGAAAGCUGAUGAAGUUUUAGAAAUCCUCAAGACUGCCAGCGACGACAGGGAGUGUGAGAACCAGCUGGUGCUGCUGCUGGGCUUCAACACCUUCGAUUUCAUUAAAAUCCUCCGUCAGCACCGCCGCAUGAUUCAGUAUUGUACUAUGCUGGCCAGCGCUCAGAGUGAAGCAGAGAAAGAACGGAUUAUAGGGAAGAUGGAGUCGGAUCAGGAGCUGUCCAAGAUCCUUUACCAGCUGCAAGAGACGGAGAAGGAGGACAUUAUUCGGGAGGAGCGAUCUCGCCGGGAGAGGGUGAGGAAGUCUCGCGUUGAUGACUUGGAAGCGAUGGACGUUGACCACGGAGAGUCAGUGGUGCCCCGGCAGCUCCUGGACCUGGACGACCUGGCCUUCACCCAGGGCAGCCACUUCAUGGCCAACAAGCGUUGCCAGCUGCCCGAUGGCUCUUUUCGGAAGCAGCGCAAAGGUUAUGAAGAGGUUCAUGUGCCCGCCCUGAAACCUAAACCCUUUGCUGAUAAUGAGGUGCUCGUUUCCAUUGAGAAGUUACCGAAGUACGCACAAGCUGGAUUUGAAGGGUUCAAAGCUCUAAACCGCAUUCAGAGCAAGCUGUUUAAGACCACCAUGGAAACAGAUGAAAACCUGCUCGUCUGUGCACCCACGGGAGCUGGUAAGACUAAUGUUGCCCUGAUGGCCAUGCUGAGAGAAAUUGGGAAACACAUAAACCUGGACGGGACGAUCAAUUUGGACGACUUUAAAAUUAUCUACAUCGCACCCAUGCGCUCACUCGUACAGGAAAUGGUGGGCAGUUUCAGUAAGAGAUUGGCGAGUUAUGGCAUCACCGUGUCUGAACUGACGGGAGACCACCAGCUCUGCAAAGAGGAGAUCAAUGCCACGCAGAUCAUAGUUUGCACCCCUGAGAAAUGGGACAUCAUCACUCGGAAAGGUGGAGAGCGAACGUACACCCAGCUAGUGCGCCUCAUUAUCAUCUUUCCGCCCUGUGCCCCUGGAGCAAACAUAUGUUGGCAUCACAGAAAAGAAAGCCAUCAAACGUUUCCAGAUCAUGAACGAGAUCGUCUAUGAGAAGAUAAUGGAGCAUGCUGGAAAGAACCAGGUGCUGGUGUUUGUUCACUCCAGGAAAGAGACAGGAAAGACUGCCAGAGCCAUAAGGGACAUGUGUUUGGAGAAAGACACGCUGGGUCUUUUCCUCAGGGAGGGUUCAGCUUCCACGGAAGUGUUGAGGACUGAGGCGGAGCAAUGCAAAAACCUGGAGCUCAAAGAUUUGCUUCCUUAUGGUUUCGCGAUCCACCACGCCGGCAUGACCCGAGUCGACCGUACGUUGGUGGAGGAUUUGUUUGCCGAUCGGCACAUUCAGGUGCUGGUUUCUACAGCCACUCUGGCUUGGGGUGUCAACUUGCCCGCACACACUGUCAUCAUCAAAGGCACCCAGGUUUACAGCCCAGAGAAAGGCAGGUGGACCGAGCUGGGAGCCCUGGACAUCUUACAGAUGCUUGGUCGAGCUGGGCGUCCUCAGUACGACACCAAAGGAGAGGGAAUCCUGAUCACCUCUCACGGAGAGCUCCAGUAUUAUCUGUCCCUGCUGAACCAGCAGCUGCCCAUCGAGAGCCAGAUGGUGGGAAAGCUGCCUGACAUGCUCAAUGCAGAGAUAGUGCUGGGAAAUGUUCAGAACGCGAAGGAUGCUGUGAACUGGCUGGGCUACACCUACUUGUACGUGAGGAUGCUCCGUAACCCCACACUGUACGGCGUUUCUCACGAUGACCGGAGCACCGACCCGCUGCUGGAGAGGCGCAGGAUGGACCUGGUGCACACAGCAGCCAGCGUCCUGGACAAAAACAGCCUCAUCAAAUAUGACAAGAGGACAGGCAGCUUCCAGGUUACAGACCUGGGACGCAUUGCGAGCCACUUCUACAUCACCCACGACUCGGUUCAGACCUACAACCAGCUGCUGAAACCCACUCUGAGCGAGAUCGAACUCUUCAGAGUCUUUUCCCUCUCCUCAGAGUUCAGGAACAUCACCGUCAGAGAGGAGGAAAAGCUGGAGCUUCAGAAGCUCCUGGAGAGAGUUCCUAUUCCUGUGAAGGAGAGCAUAGAGGAGCCAAGUGCUAAGAUCAAUGUUCUGCUCCAGGCGUACAUCUCUCAACUCAAACUUGAGGGUUUUGCUCUGAUGGCCGACAUGGUUUAUGUCACACAGAGUGCCGGCCGACUCAUGCGGGCCAUAUUUGAGAUCGUGCUUAACCGUGGCUGGGCUCAACUCACAGACAAAACCAUGAAUCUCUGCAAGAUGAUCGACAAGCGAAUGUGGCAGUCGAUGUCUCCUCUGCGGCAGUUCAAGAAGCUGCCAGAGGAAGUGGUCAAGAAGAUCGAGAAGAAAAACUUCCCCUUCGAGCGUCUCUAUGAUCUCAACCACAAUGAAAUCGGUGAGCUGAUCCGAAUGCCAAAGAUGGGUAAGACCAUUCACAAGUAUGUCCACCAGUUCCCCAAACUGGACCUGGCUGUCCACAUUCAGCCCAUCACUCGCUCCACGCUCAAAGUGGAGCUCACCAUCACACCUGACUUCCAGUGGGACGACAAGAUUCACGCAUCCUCUGAGGCUUUCUGGAUCCUGGUUGAGGAUGUAGACAGUGAGGUCAUCCUCCACCACGAGUACUUCCUGCUGAAAGCCAAGUACGCACAGGAUGAGCACCUGGUAACGUUCUUCGUCCCCGUGUUCGAGCCUUUGCCCCCUCAGUACUUCAUCCGGGUGGUCUCAGACAGAUGGCUCUCCUGUGAGACUCAGCUUCCUGUAUCUUUCCGUCACCUGAUCCUACCAGAGAAGUACCCACCACCCACUGAGCUGCUGGAUCUGCAGCCGCUGCCCGUCACUGCCCUCAGGAACUCUGCCUUUGAGGCUCUUUACCAGAACAAGUUCCCCUUCUUCAACCCUAUUCAGACACAAGUGUUCAAUGCUGUGUACAACAGUGAUGAUAAUGUUUUUGUUGGAGCUCCAACUGGCAGCGGAAAGACAAUCUGUGCAGAGUUCGCCAUUCUGAGAAUGCUGCUGCACAACGCAGAGGGUCGCUGUGUUUACAUCACACCGAUGGAAUCGUUGGCGGAACAGGUGUUCGUCGACUGGCAUCAGAAGUUCCAGGACAUCCUGAACAAAAAGGUGGUUCUGCUGACGGGAGAGACGAGCACAGAUCUGAAGCUCUUAGGAAAAGGGGACAUUAUUGUCAGCACCCCCGACAAAUGGGACAUCUUGUCCCGUCGCUGGAAACAGAGGAAGAACGUCCAGAACGUCAGCCUUUUCAUCGUGGAUGAGACUCACCUUAUUGGAGGAGAAAACGGGCCCGUGUUGGAGGUCAUCUGCUCCAGGAUGAGAUACAUCUCCUCUCAAAUCGAGCGUCCCAUCCGCAUUGUGGCUCUGAGCUCGUCUCUGUCCAACGCCAAAGACGUGGCCCACUGGCUGGGCUGCAGCACCACCGCUACGUUCAACUUCCACCCCAACGUCAGACCCGUGCCUCUGGAGCUGCACAUCCAGGGUUUUAAUGUCAGUCACACUCAGACCCGCCUGCUGUCCAUGGCGAAGCCCGUAUAUCACGCCAUCAUGAAGCACUCCCCCUCCAAGCCAGUGUUGGUGUUCGUCCCGUCUCGCAGACAGACUCGCCUCACCGCCAUCGACAUCCUCACAUUCUGCGCUGCUGAUGUCGUUCCUCAGAGGUUCUUGCAUUGUAACGAAAAGGACUUGGCUCCAUUCCUGGAUAAAAUAAAUGAUCCGACCCUUAAGGAGACUCUGGCCAAUGGCGUGGGGUACCUGCAUGAUGGCCUGUCUGCAACUGAACGCAAAAUCGUAGAGCAGCUUUUCAGCUCCGGUGCCAUUCAGGUGGUGGUAUCUUCUCGUUCGCUCUGCUGGGGCAUCAACAUCUCUGCUCACCUCGUCAUUGUCAUGGACACUCAGUACUACAAUGGAAAAAUUCAUGCAUAUGUGGACUAUCCCAUAUAUGAUGUCCUCCAGAUGGUGGGCAAGGCCAACAGACCCAUGCUGGAUGAUGAGGGACGCUGUGUCAUCAUGUGUCAGGGCUCCAAAAAGGACUUCUUCAAGAAGUUCCUGUACGAGCCGCUGCCGGUGGAGUCUCACUUGGACCACUGUCUCCACGACCACUUCAACGCUGAGAUCGUCACCAAGACAGUGGAGAACAAGCAGGACGCUGUGGACUACCUGACCUGGACGUUCCUCUACCGCCGUAUGACACAAAACCCCAACUACUACAACCUGCAAGGCAUGUCCCACCGCCACCUCUCAGACCACCUGUCUGAACUGGUGGAAAACACUUUGCAUGACCUGGAGCAGUCCAAAUGCAUCAGCAUUGAGGAUGAAAUGGAUGUGGCACCGCUCAAUUUGGGCAUGAUUGCAGCGUACUACUAUAUCAACUACACCACCAUUGAGUUGUUCAGCAUGUCCCUGAAUGCCAAGACAAAGAUCCGAGGGUUGAUUGAAAUCAUCUCCAACGCAGCCGAGUAUAAGAACAUUCCCAUCAGGCACCUUGAGGACACUCUUCUCCGACAGUUGGCACAGAAAGUGCCCCACAAGCUGAACAACCCGAAGUUCAACGAUCCUCACGUGAAGACGAACCUGCUGCUGCAGGCUCACCUCUCCAGGAUGCAGCUGAGCGCUGAGCUCCAGUCAGACACUGAAGAGAUCCUGAGCAAGGCGAUCCGUCUGAUCCAGGCCUGCGUGGACGUGCUGUCCAGUAACGGCUGGCUGAGUCCUGCCCUGGCUGCUAUGGAGCUGGCCCAGAUGGUCACUCAGGCCAUGUGGUCCAAGGACUCGUAUCUGAAGCAGCUGCCCCACUUUACCUCAGAACACAUCAAGCGGUGCACCGACAAGGGUGUGGAGAGUAUCUUUGACAUCAUGGAAAUGGAGGAUGAAGACAGAAGUGCUUUACUGCAGCUCUCAGAUGGUCAGAUGGCCGACGUGGCUCGCUUCUGUAACCGUUAUCCCAAUAUUGAGCUGUCGUACGAAGUGGCAGAGAGGGACAACGUCAAAAGUGGCAGUCCAGUUCUGGUCCAGGUUCAGCUGGAGCGAGAGGAGGAGGUCACUGGUCCUGUGAUCGCACCCCUCUUCCCACAGAAACGUGAGGAGGGCUGGUGGGUGGUCAUUGGAGACCCCAAAUCUAACAGUCUGAUCUCCAUCAAGAGGCUGACUCUUCAGCAGAAAGCAAAGGUGAAGCUGGACUUUGUUGCACCCAUGAUGGGCAUUCACAACUACACCCUGUACUUCAUGAGUGACGCAUACAUGGGUUGUGACCAGGAGUACAAGUUCAGCGUUGAUGUGAAGGAGGCCGACAGCGAGGGAGAAAGUGACUCAGACUAAACAGAAGCUUCCUUUCAGUUUGUUGUCAUUUAAAAGUGGGAAUCAAAGUGUGGGGGGUAUUUUUACUUGUAGAUAUCUAACUUGAUAUGUGUUUUGACUUUGUAAGCACGUCACAUGAUGAAUUUGCUUCUUUCAAGGAGUUUUUCCAUUUCUAGUGAUCACAAUGAUGAACAUCAGGCCAGAAGUUGUGUACAGGAUUUUUCUUUAAAAAUCAAAUUACUAGAUACACCAGUCUGUGUGGGUGUAACCAAUGAAGCAACUGUUCAAGUGUAGAAAUUAUAACUUUGUAUUUGAUCUAAAUUCAAGUUUAUUUCUCAGAAUGUUUAAACAAAGAUCACAGGCUAGAUUAAAACAAAGCACUGUCAUGUUGUGGAUUUGUGAGUCAGUCUGAAACCAUUUUUUUAAAUAAAAAGAUACCGCAAACAA